AUCCACAUACAUAAUCGUAUUCGAAGCCGCAAGGAAAAGUCUAUCUCGUUAGCUAUUUGUUUUGAUUUCUCUGGCUUGUGUAUUUUCAAAUGACUCUGCCUUACAAGCAUUACUGCCCCCUUUAUACGAACAACAAGGAAAUGCAUUGAAGGAAAGCAGCUUCAUCCUCACCUUGGUUCGUGAGCAACUAAUUUAUCUAAAGGGCAGCCAGCUAACUUAGCUAAUUAUUUCAGCUAGCUACUGUAGCUAAGUUAGCUAGUCAGUUGUAUUUUGUCAAGCGACAGCAAAUGUUGGGCUUGCAAAUGCGUUAUCAAAGUAUACUGUUUCCUACCUACCACGCUAUCAAAUCGUGUGACAAUUCUCGAGUAGGUUGCUCGUCCCGUGAUAGUAAUGAGAACUAGAUGGCUAGCUAACACAUUCAUUGUGUUUACCUAACUAGCUGCUGCUAACGACUCUUCCGCAUACAGAGCAAGGCCAACUUGCUAGGAACUAGCAGAACCCAUUUUCUGGUUUUGAUUGAUAUAUACAGUCGUUUCAAUGGGGAAAAGGAAAGACAUGAUCCACCCAAGGUUUCUUUUAGGUGAUGGAGACCACCUGGGGUUACACAGCCUCCAUAGGAGGAAACACAAAAAGCACAAGAAGUACAAGAAGAAGCAUCACCGUGAUGAGGGGCACAGCUCCUACUCUGAGGCCCUGGAGUCAGACUCUGGGAUUGUGGUCAAGCCCCCCACACAGCUCAGACUCAAGAUCAAACUGGGAGGGGAAACACUGGGGACAAAGAGUGUGCCAACGUUCACGGUGGUCCCUGGUGUAGCCCGCGCCCAGUCUCCUCUGAUGAUCGUCGAUGACGAUGACGACUCUGAUGAUGACGAUGAUAAACCUUCCGAGGGCGUUCCACUUGAGCAGUACCGGGCCUGGCUUGGUGAGUGCAAAGAUGAGGACAGUAACCUGGACCCGUCUCCUCUGCCAGACAUGGACUCAGACUCCCUGGGUAAGCCGGUGGACGAGGAGGAGAAGUGGCUGGACGCCCUGGAGAAAGGAGAGCUGGAUGACAACGGAGAGCUGAAGAAGGAGAUCGAUGAGUCCCUGCUCACAGCCAGACAGAAAGCCCUCAUGCACAAGCAGCAGAGCUAUCCUGUCCUGGAGCUGCCCAUGGGCUACAAGGAGAAGGAGAUGACCGCCGAGAUGAUGCAGAAGAGAGAGGAGCGCGCCCGCAAGAGGCGCCUGCAGGCGGCCAAGAAGGCAGAGGAGAACAAGAACCAGACCAUCGAGAGGCUCACCAAGACCUCCAAGGCCAAGAUCAAGGGUAUGAGGGAGCGUAAGUCCAAGCAGGCCCAGUGUCCCAUGGUCCGCUACUGUGACUCGGCCCAAGGAAUGGGGAUUUCGUUCCCCACAGGCGUGCUUGCCCCGACCCCUGCUUCCCUGUGCCCCCCGCCCCUGGCACCAGUAGGCUGCGGGAUAAACGGGUGCAGUAAUCUGAAGAGGUACUCAUGCUCCAAGACUGGGAUCCCUCUCUGUAGUCUGGACUGCUACAAGAAGAAUCUGGUCCUUGUUGUGGAGAGUGCCGCUUGAAUUUGACCGCUUUCGAAGGUUUCAGCUUGCUGGCAGUUCACACUCUGGGGCUAAAUCCAUGGACAAUGUGGAUGUUCUUUUUUAUUUUGACAGAUUCUAAAAAGGCAUUUUUCAGUUUUUUUUCUCUUUGAGUGAUGUCAUGAAAGUGGUCAUUUCAGAAUUAUGUAUACUUACAAAAGAGAUGAGUUCAAAUCAAUGCAUCAGUCAGUCAAUUUAACCCUGAUAGUAAGAUAACAUAAUGGAGGCUACAGACACAUCAGGCCCUAUCAGACGGCAUGUAUUUAUUUCAUUUCUAGAUCCUCAGUUUGUGGAGGUCCACAUAAUGUAGAUUGAAUAGGAAUUUAACAAGGCAAGCUUAUUUUUGUAACAGCAGGACUGAAAUAACAGAGCGCUCUGUUUGCCUGAUGAUCAUGAAGGACUUUCAUUUGUAUAAAUAUAGGAAUGGUUUUGUAUACAUUUUGGCAAGCAGAAGCCGUGACGCAGAACAGCAGUAACAUGUUACAGCAACAUGUUUCUUUGUUUGAUAAAUUGAGAAAAUGACCCCCAGGAAACCAAAAUAAGUUUAUUCUUUUAGUUGUCACAAAUGUGUAUUUGUAUCACAAAUUAUUCCAUUUCCAUACAAAAUACUGUACAUCUUAAAUAAAAUAUCAAAACACAUUUAUCUUCCUCCAAAACAGCACAUAGGAAUAGAACUCCACCUAAGGCUGCGUUGCCAUGCCAAUGUGGAGAGGAUAGCAGGCAAGAACAGUCAUAUUAUUUGGUCAGUGCUGUCCGGGAACCUUGGGACGUCCCUAACCUUAACCCUUACCGUUUUACAUUUCAACUUCAAUGGGGUGAUGUAAGAGUUGGUACGUCCCAAGGACGCCGUUUUGACUUUUCCCAUAUUAUUUGGUCAGGCACACUUUAGCUAACAGGAAUGUCAGAACCACAGAACUAGAAUGAGACUAUUGUUAUGGCCAGAACAGCAGCAAAAUGCUUUCCCUGUAAACUCACAUCUGCCCUUUACAAAAAUAAAAUCCAGCACGUUUUCUGAGGUAUUAA